AGAUAUAUAAUGAAUGUUAUGCUAAAUUUGCUGCUCAGUUAAACAAAAAAGUUGUCAUAUUAACUGGAGAAACUGGUACAGAUUUAAAAUUACUUGCUAAGGGUAAUAUUAUUAUAUCAACACCAGAGAAAUGGGAUGUCUUGUCACGAAGAUGGAAACAACGUAAAAAUGUUCAAAAUACCAAUUUGUUCAUUGUUGAUGAAUUACAUUUGUUAGAUGGACAAGCUGGGCCUGUAUUAGAAGUAUUGUGUUCUAGAAUGAGAUAUAUAUCAUCUCAGUUAGAGAGAAAUAUUCGUAUUGUAGCCCUGAGUUCAUCUAUAUCUAAUGCUAAAGACAUAGCACAAUGGUUAUCAUGUGGUACUACAUCAUUCUUUAAUUUUCAUCCUAAUGUUAGACCAGUACCAUUAGAACUACAUAUACAGGGUCUGAAUGUCUCUCACAAUGCAUCUCGUAUUCUAGCUAUGGCUAAACCAACUUAUCAAGCUAUAGUUCGUCAUUCACCUAAACGACCAGUAGCUGUAUUUGUUCCCUCUAGAAAACAGACCAGAUUAACAGCUAUAGAUAUAUUAACAUUUGCAGCAGCUGAUAUGCAGCCUGGGCCUGAUGAUAAACCUCAGAGUACAUUCUUACAUGUUGCUGAAAGUGAUUUGGAUCCUUUCUUAGAUAAAAUAUCUGAUAAGACAUUAAAAGAAACAUUAACUAAUGGUGUAGGAUAUUUACAUGAAGGAUUAAGUGAUAGAGAGAAGAAGGUUGUAGAACAGUUGUUUAAUACUGGAGCUAUACAAGUUGUUGUGGUAUCUAGAAAUCUAGCGUGGGGUGUCAAUAUAACAUCUCAUUUAGUUAUUGUUAUGGAUACUCAAUAUUAUGAUGGCAAAACACACUCAUAUGAAGACUACCCUGUAACUGAUGUAUUACAAAUGAUAGGAAAAGCUAAUCGACCUUUACAAGAUAAAGAUGCUAAGGCUGUUAUUUUAUGUCAAAGUUCUAAGAAAGAGUUCUUUAAGAAGUUUCUAUAUGAACCAUUACCUAUAGAGAGUCAUCUAGAUCAUUGCCUACACGAUCAUUUCUGUGCUGAAGUUGUAACCAAAACUAUAGAAAAUAAACAAGAUGCUGUAGAUUAUUUAACCUGGACGUUUAUAUAUCGUCGAAUGACACAGAAUCCUAACUAUUAUAAUCUACAAGGUGUAUCACAUCGUCAUCUCUCUGAUCAUUUAUCAGAACUAGUAGAAAAUACUAUCAAUGAUUUAGAACAGUCUAAGUGUAUCAGUAUUGAAGAUGAUAUGGAUGUAACACCAUUAAAUUUAGGAAUGAUUGCUGCUUACUAUUAUAUCAACUAUACUACUAUUGAGUUAUUCAGUAUGUCUUUAAAUAAUAAGACUAAGAUUAAAGGAUUAAUAGAGAUUAUAGCUAGUGCAGCUGAAUAUGAGAAUAUACCAAUCAGACAUGGUGAAAAUAACAUCCUUAAACAGCUUGCAACCAGAUUGCCUAAUAAGCUAACCAACCCUAAAUAUAAUGAUCCACAUAUUAAAACCAACUUAUUACUACAAGCACAUCUGUCGAGAAUGACUUUAUCAGCUGAAUUACAAUCAGAUACUGAGGACAUACUGGGCAAGGCUAUAAGGUUGAUACAAGCUUGUGUAGAUGUAUUAAGUAGUAAUGGAUGGUUAAGUCCAGCAUUAGCUGCUAUGGAGUUAGCUCAGAUGUGUACACAAGCUAUGUGGGGCAAAGAUUCCUAUUUAAAACAAUUACCACACUUUACUAGUGAAAUAAUUAAACGCUGUAAAGAUAAGGGACAUGAUACAAUAUUUGAUAUUAUGGAGAUGGAAGAUGAUGAGAGAAAUGCUUUAUUACAACUCAAUGAUAGUCAGAUGGCUGAUGUUGCUAGAUUUUCUAACAGAUAUCCUAAUAUAGAAUUAACUUAUGAAGUACAGGAUAAAGAACAAAUCAGAAGUGGAUCUGGUAUUAAUGUAUCUGUUACAUUAGAAAGAGAAGAUGAAAUAGUAGGUCCAGUAAUAGCACCCUUCUUUCCACAGAGUCGAGAAGAAGGCUGGUGGGUUGUUAUUGGUGAUACUAAAACUAAUUCAUUGUUAUCUAUCAAACGAUUAACAUUACAACAGAAAGCUAAAGUUAAACUAGAUUUUGUAGCACCGAAUGCAGGCCACUAUAAUUAUACUAUAUACUUCAUGAGUGAUGCCUAUAUGGGAUGUGAUCAAGAAUAUAAAUUCACUGUUAAUGUUAAAGAAGGAGAUAGUGACAGUGAUGGUAGCGACAGUAAUUAAGAACUCAGUGAAUUUUUGAUGUAUGAUUAAAUCUGCGGUUACUUGAGGUAUUAUUAAAUAUUCAUUGUGACUCACUUAAAGCUGGGUUCCCUUGUUUUUAUUUAUGAAAAUGAAAAUGCUAAUACUUAUAUAAAUAGAAAGUAGAGGUGUUCUAAUGACUUGAAAUAAUACUAGUUUGUCUCACAUGUCCAUAAUUAAUUCAUAAUUAGCUAAAUUAGAGGAGAAUUAGCAUCAGAAUUCCGAAAGUAUUUUUUUGCUUAUCCAGACUGUACAUGCAUGAACAUUUAUGAUUGGUUAAAACCCUUAAUUAUAUGCAAUAAAGAUAUGACUAAGAAUACAUGAUAUCUCACUAGAAACACCAAUUAAUCAAAUUGUUUGCUUGAUUUGCCAUUUCAAAAAUAAGGAAAACCAUCUUUAAUACAUUAUGAAAACUUCAUAGUGUCUAACUUGUACAAUAUUGUUCAUAUCAUGUUGUACUGCUUUGACAUUGUUUUAUAGAAUUUUUCUUCACUCCAUCAUAGCAAACAUUGAUUUGUAAAAAUAAUACAUAUCUUAUCAACCAUAGAAUUAUUUUUCUGUUUAGUUAUUAUUGACUUAUGAUGACCAAUGUUGCCUAUUGUGCUAUUUUUUUUAAAACCGAUUUAAUAUAUUCUGAGAUCUUCUCCACCAGUUUUACAUUACAAAAUUGUCAUAGAAAUAGUUGAUAAAGUUGAGAUAUAUAAUGGAAAUGGUUGAAAUCGAAACUUUACUUUGACUUAAUGUUUUAGCUGUUAUUCAAUUCAUAAAAUCGUAAGACUAUUAUUCAUAACACUAUAAGAAUAAUAAGUGCUAAAUUUUCAUUAUUCAGUGUUCAUCUAUAGUUUUCAUUGAUAUCAUUUAUGUAUAUUAAUUACUAUCUUGAAAAAUAAACUCAUUUCAUAGAAUAAUCAUUUUCUUUUACACUAUAUAUAUGUGCAGCUUUAGUUCAAAUUGUAGCUUACAUCGUAGCUUUUCCAAUAGUUUAAAGAUGGGUUCCUUUAUUUUCAAUUAUGAAAAUGAAAAUACAAAUACUUAUAUGAAUAGAAAGAAGAUGUGAAAAAUAGUUUGUCUUACAUGUCCAUAAAUAAUUCCUAAUAAGCUAAAUUAGAAGAGAAUUACCAGCAGAAUUCCAAUGAAUGAUCGAUCAAGAAAGGUUAAAAAGCCGUUUUUUUUAUGUUUAUCCAGACUGUACAGACACAGACAUUUACGAUUGAUUAAAACUACUUAUUAUAUGCAAUAAGAACAUAAUGAUAAGAAUACAUGAUAGUUCAUUAGAACACCAAUUAAUCAAAUAGUUUUCUUAAUUUGACACUAACAAAAUAAAGAAAACCAUCCAUAAACUUGUUUCAGUUUCUCAAAUUAAAGUGGAUAAUUUCUAAUGUGAAUCUUUGUGAUCAUAAAAGAAUAUAGAAUACAGAUUUGUAA